AUGACGCAAGAUAUUGAAAAAGCAACAAAAUUAUUAGCUCAAGAAUUGCUUGUUCCAGUGUUUAUGGCACCUUUUGUUAUUGGAUACUAUACUUUUUUAACAUAUGAAAGCUCGGGAUAUCUUGGACCAUUGACCAUUUAUACAUAUUUCACGUUUGCAACUGUGAUUAACCGACUUUUACUUUCUCCAGCCGUAUCACUGAUUAAUGAGCAAGUCAAAAAAGAAGAUGAAUUUAGGUUACGUCAUCUACAAGUCCGUAUUAAUGCUGAAUCAAUAGCAUUUUAUCAGUCGGGAUUAAUUGAAAAUGUAUUAACCAAUAAAAAGUUGAAAUCAUUGAUCAGAACUCAAAAAAAGUUGGUGGAAUGGCGUUUUGCGUUAAACUUAGUAACAACUGCUUUUGAUUAUUUUGGAGGAACAUUAAGUUAUCUAAUUAUAUCAGCUCCCAUAUUUCUUACCCAUAAUUACGAUGAGUUAACUGGCAUUGAACUUUCCGGUGUUAUCAGUCGGAAUGCAUUUUAUUAUUUAUAUUUGAUCUACAAUUUUACUCGUUUGAUUGCACUUUCGGAGGUAAUCGGUGAAAUGGCUGGAGUAACUCAUAGAAUUAUUGGAUUAUAUGAAGAACUGGUAAGAUUGCAUAUUGACAGAUUAGAAAUAGAUCGACCGCCAUCGACUGUUCCAUCUUCAGUGGUGAUAAUUGCUUCAGAUGAUUCUGAAAAAGCAAAUGCUAUUCCGAAUCGAAAGAUUGAAGAGUUAUAUGGCAAACAGGGACACUUACUGGAACUUGAACCAGAUGAUGAAGAAGUUGAAUUUCUUUUACAGCGAGCAGAAGAAGGUCGUGAUAGAGAAGAUCCAGAAUGGCCUGAUGAUGGUAUUGCUAUGACACUUGAUUCAGUAACCAUUGCACAUCCAAAUGAUUCAUCAUUACUUUUGAUCUCUAAUUUAUCGAUGCAACUCAUUGAAGGUAAAAAUUUACUGAUUACUGGUGAUAGUCAUGUUGGAAAAACUUCACUGUUAAGAGUAUUUGCUGGAUUUUGGAAAUGUGUUACUGGUAAACUGGAAAGGCAUUGGAAGAUGAGUCCAGUAACAUUCUACUUUGUUCCACAAAAGAUGCAUUUUCCAAAUGGUGGCUGUAGUUUGCGUCAGCAGUUGGUUUAUCCGUUAAAAGCUUUAUCUCUUGAAAAAGAAGCAGCACGUCUAGCGCAAAUUUUAGAAUGGGUGAAGUUGGAAUAUUUGUUGCAGCGUUGUAAUGGUUUGGAUACACCAGUGGAAUGGAAUUGGUCAGAAACGCUCUCACCAAGUGAGCUACAAAGACUUUCAUUUGGUCGAGUUUUGUAUCACAGACCUCGGAUAGUUUUUUUAGAUGAAGCAACUAGCGCUGUUGGCUUUGAAAUGGAAAUGUCACUUUACCGUUUGCUCAAAGAAGAGCGUAUUUCAUACGUUUCAAUAGGACAUCGAUUCUCAUUGAAGCAAUAUCAUGAUAUGGAAUUGCAUCUGAAUGGCCAUGGUGAAUGGACGUUAAAUGAUAUCGAAUCAAUGAGUAUUCAUAGUCGUCCUGCAAGUUUUAUUAAUAAUUAA